UAGUGAACCAUUACUUUUCACAAGCCAAACUUAACAACUUUCUAAUCUAACCUGAAUAUAGGCUGCACUAUUGGCUCAAACCUCCUUCUGUUUCACAGAGUGGUGUUGUGUGAAAACAAGUAAACUGAGCGGCACCGUGGGCCGUCAAGUUAAUAUGCAGUGUCCCUACCCACCACAACACAGAGACAACAGGAAGUUCCUCUGUAAGGGAGACCAACGCAACAACUGUGCAGACAUGGUGACGAAUGGAAGCAGGUUCACACUGCAAGACGACGUCGCUUCAAGUUCUUUCUUGGUGAUGAUCACAGAGCUGAAAGCAGGUGAUGCUGGGACAUACUGGUGUGGUUCGGACUCACAGUGGAGUGCUAAUAACUACACCAAGAUUCAACUGUCAGUAGUCUUAGAGACCAGCACUGUGAUCUCUACCAUUGCUGCGGAGGACCCUGUUGAAUCUGAAACAACACACACCCCAGGAAACUACAUCAAGGAUGCCGCACACUUUCACCCUGUGGUCUUCAUUGGGCCACCUAUUCUCAUACUGAUGAUGAUGAUCAUCCUUGGUAUAGUCUGUAAAUACAAAUGUCACAAAGUGACAAGUAAGUUUUGUAGUUCAAAUGCAUGCACUGAAACCACACACACAGGCAAGUGCAACACACAAACACAAAAAAAUGUGAAACCAUUUCAUAUAUUGGGUGUUUCAGGAGCUGGAGUCAACAUGAAAAUGAUCAAAACCAGGGCAGUGGAAGAAGAGGAAGAUGUCCAAGAUGAUUAUGAGAAUCAAGACGUUGUAGUGUGCUCAAAGCAGGGGACCUUCAAGCCACAAAGGUCCUACAAUCACUAUGAUGAUGCAGGUGAAGACCAAGAAGACUCUGUGUACCAAAACUUCUCCACAACAGAAGAUGUUUACUGUAAUCACAAUUACAUUGUAGACAAGAGAUGAACAGUAUGCACGACUGUGAUCCAACCUUACAUUUUUAGGUCACUUGUACCCAAAUUAUCUUGUUUCUGUCCUGUUUUUGUCUCAGUUAACAGCUGACCAACGUAUAUACAUGAAGCACUGUCAUCUAACCUUUUCAUUGUCUGACUGAAAUCUGCAGUAUCAUGAUUAUUUAACAUAUUCGCUUCGUCUCAUUAUGAACGCUUAUUGGUAAUUUAACAAGCUGUUUAACUCGCCUUUGUAAGAAAUUGCAGAUAUCCAUUUCAGCUAAAUAUAACAUGCAGUAUAUAGAGUAGUUAAAACUAGCUCCAUCUCAUGUGACUGCAUCUUCCAUCAAAGUUGGAUUUUUGGUAUCAGUCCAUAUAACGUCUGCUUGAGCUCUCUAUUCAUCCUGACACACAUGUUUUGAAGGAUUAUUCAGUUUCUUUUUAGAAGUGCCAGGAUGCUUCUGAUUUAAUCCAUAUAUAACAACCCUCUCAUUAAUAUGUGUGACACUGAGCCCUCUGCUGGUACUGUUUGACUAUUUCACUGAAUUUCGUAUGAGACUCUUGGUCACAGAUGGAAGAAUCAAUAAGCAACAUUCCAUACUUCAUUAAAUAUUGUUGACUUAAAAUAAAUUAAUAUGAUAACUGA